AUGUCUACUAGGCCUGGGAACUUUAAAAACCCGUUCUCAAGACCAUGGAUGACAGAGACGGGUGCAGCGGCUGCGGCUGGAGGUUCAGGGUCUGUUGGUUUAAAAGGCGUAGUAGCCGGUGGAAUUACUGGUGGCAUUGAAAUUUGUAUUACAUUUCCUACCGAAUAUGUAAAAACCCAACUUCAGUUAGAUGAAAAAGGUGGUACUAAAAAGUACGCGGGCAUAUUCGACUGCGUCAAGAAGACCGUGAAGGGACAUGGCUUCUUCGGGCUCUAUAGAGGACUUAGUGUUCUGCUAUAUGGCUCCAUACCAAAAUCUGCUGUCAGAUUCGGUGUGUUCGAACAAGCGAAACUCUACAUGUUGACAGAAAAUGGUACGCUAACAAACACUGGCAAGUUGGCAUGCGGUCUGGCAGCUGGUGUGGCCGAGGCUGUGUUCGCGGUGACCCCCAUGGAGACUGUUAAGGUCAAGUUCAUCAAUGACAUGCGGACGGAAAAGCCGAGGUAUAAGGGUUUCUUCCACGGCGUGAGGACCAUUGUGAGGGAAGAAGGUAUCGGCGGUGUGUACAAGGGAGUCACAGCGACUAUAAUGAAGCAGGGCAGCAAUCAAGCCAUCAGAUUCUUCGUGAUGGAGUCGCUGAGGGACUGGUACAAGGGCGGUGACAGAGACAAGCAUGUGCCUAAGUACAUCGUCGGACUAUUCGGUGGUGUAGCAGGUGCUGCGUCAGUAUUCGGUAACACGCCGAUCGACGUAGUAAAAACACGCAUGCAAGGUUUAGAGGCUGCGAAAUAUAAGAACACUUGGGAUUGCUUCAUAAAAACAUGGAAGCACGAAGGUCCGCUUGCCUUCUACAAAGGUACAGUGCCACGGUUAAGUCGCGUCGUUUUCGACGUCGCAAUCACAUUCACUAUAUACGACAGUAUCAUGGAUGUAUUCAAUUACAUUUGGAAGUGA